UCUGAUACGCCAUCUUGGUAUCAAGCAUAUGUGUUUCCUGCUAAGAAUUUACUGUUCCUCUCUUCCGGGUGUGGAUAUUGAAUGUUUUAGAAACACUUGAGGCUUCAAUGAAGCCAGGAUGACCCCAGAGAAAGGAUUUGACAAAGAUUUAAUCAGCUAAUAGAUCAACAAAGGUAGACGGUUGACCCCUGAGGACUUACAGUGAUGCCGCCCCCUCCGCCACCCCCACCCCCUGGGGCACCCCCUCCCCCCACGGUCAAAUCCAGUGGUCGUCCCGUGGCAAAAAAGUCAGGAGGGGCAAAUGAGCGAGGGGCUUUGCUCAGUGCCAUUCACAAGGGAGCAGCACUGAAAAAAACUGUCACCAACGACCGUAGUGGCCCAGUUGUAGGAGGUAACAAGCCUUCGCCAGGCGGUGGUGGCCGAGGUGCGGGCCCGUUGAUGCCCCCUGGUGGAGGGGCCAGCAAAUUCAACACUGUGGCAUGUCACAAUAACCGGCCCAACAGUAGAGAACUCCCUAACUCGUGGCGUGGCUCCCAGGAUGAUGGAGUAGCCAAAAAUAAUUUGAUAAACCAGAAACGAAAGCUGAGUCUCUCAGGUGCCCAAAACAAUAAACAGCCUCUGAAGCCAAGCUUUUCUGACGGUGGGGGAACGCCCACUCCACCAGCAGUUGGAGGCCUUGGGGGUCUGUUUGCUGGAGGGGUGCCGAGAUUACCAAGCGCUAACAAAAGACAAUCAGGAGGACAGAGAGUACCAGGUCAUGCUCCAGCCCUUCGUCCCCCAGGACCCCGCAUGACAAAUGGACCAUCGGUGAUGACAAAUGGUCCAGGACGGACCAUCGGUGGACCGCCUCCCCCUCCACCAUCUAACACAAAGCCCAGUCUGAAUCAACGGCCAAUUUCUAAUGGACAAAGUAGGCCUGGCCCACCUCCUCCCCCGCCUUCCCAGAAUAAGCCAGGUAUGGCUGGAAGCCCGGGAAAACUGUCAAAUGAUGACCGAAAUGGUCAUGUGAGAGGAAGCAAUACCUCAUUGAACAGUAACUCGUCAAGACAUUCAUCUGUUGGUGACUCGAUCAAUUCUAUAAACAAUAAUGCUCGUCCAAGGUCAGGGGUCACGGGAGGUGUUCCAAGGUCACAUCCUCCCCCACCCCCAAAUCGACCUCCACCAGCGACAGCUCCUGGGAAGCCUUCAGGACAGUGGCCACCUCCCCCACAGUCUGCAAAAGCGUCGGGGCCACCGCCCCCUCCCCCACAGUCUUCAAAAGCGUCAGGGCCCCCUCCUCCACCCCCACAGUCAGCAAAGAGUGGGGCACCGCCGCCCCCUCCUCCUCAGUCAGCUAAGGGACCUGGAAAUAGGCCGCCGAGUAUGGUGGGAAGGCCGUUACCUCCACCACCCUCACAGGGAGCACCGCCUCCUCCGCCUCCUUCUAACAGGCCUCCUCCCCCUCCCUCAUCGUCGUUGAAACCAACACUGUCAAAUCGGCCGACAUCUACCAGGGCAAAUCAGCCCCCACCCCCUCCUAGCCAACCUCCAUCUCGACAAGGUGGUCCCCCGCCGCCGCCUCCAACGAGAACUACAUCAGCACAAAAUGGCGGGACUUUACCACGGGCCCCGGGGUUGAAGCCACCUCCCCCACCCAUGCGAGGUCCACAGAGUACAGGUGCUAUGCCCCCACCCCCUCCACAGAGGCGCUCGGGCAACUACUCCGGUGGAAGUGACGACUUUGAAAAUAGAUUCAGAUUUCAUAAUGCAAAUGAGUGUCCACCUCCGGAACCAUUUAGUAAGAUGAACAAGACAUAUCCAAGUAAAAAUCCUAGAAAUCCAGGUAAAAAUACAGGAGCACGAGCGCCUCCACCACCUCCUCCAAAAUGACAUGUUUGAUUCCCUAGGACUCACUGCUAUAGUAUAUCAAUAUAUAUGCAAAAGACUGUUUGCAUUCAAUGCCGAUAAAGUGCAAUGUGCAUCACUUGUAGCUGAGGCAAAGACAAGUCUACAAGCAACAGUCAUUUAUAUGUAUCUAGGUCCGAUCAGUACUAGACAAUGGAUCGUUAGGAUCUGUGAAUUAGGUCUUUGACCUGUGAUUUCGUUCAGCAAACCUUACAUUGGAUCAGUGCUUGUGAUGUGUUCACCAGGAAGCGCUGGAGGGGACAAAAAUCAAGUUUUCCAAGGGAGAUAACUCUUUUCCUUUUAGUAACAUCUGACAACUCGAGGUAUAGAACACCAUUACAUCAGUUGGUUGUCAAGUGUAUAUAAAACUCACGUGCCAAUUUUCUGUAAGUCUGUGAGAAUAUUCCAGAGGAUUUUAUUUGGAGGAUACGUUUCAAAGGAUAAGUCGGCAGAAGCGGCGUAGACACAGAUCAUUGCAUUAUUGACUCUCCCGAGUUUUGCGUACACUUGAUGGACCCUCUGAUUGGUUCUAUAGUUUGUCAUCUGUGAUAUGUAAAAUUUGUUACAUUUAUACACCUAUGUUCUAAAUCAUGAGUGCUGUUAUUUAUAUAUAUGUGUACAGUCUACUUAAUUAAACGUGAAAUUUUGAAGAGAGAGAAAGCCCGCUGUCACCCAAGUUUAUACUGGUACAUACAGCUUAGCCAUGCAUAGCCAAAUGUCGAGGAACUCCACGAUAGGGAAAGAAAAACAAGCAUGAUUGCUUCUACUAAAGCUUAACUGUACUGCAUAGCUUGCUUGUAAGUUUGCCCUCUUUUCAAAUUAAACAUGAAAAACCUUUAUUGUUACAGGCUCAGUAUACAGUACUUAAAUGUCAUUUGAUAAAAUUUUGAAAAUGACAAUUUUACUAUGAUAUUAAUAGAUCGUACAAUAUUUAUUUAAAUUUGAUACAUGUCUUGCAUGAAUGUUCAGUUUGCCAAUUAUUUAAGAUCAAUAUUAUUUAGUAAUGAUUGAUUAUACAAAUUUUAAGAAAAAAUAUUCACCAUGAUGGAACUAUUGUUAAUGGCGCAGAUUAUGAAUAUUUAAAUAUACGAUGUUGAAUUUUGAUAUAAAUUCCAUUUUUUAUCAGGAGAUAUGACUACACAUCUUGUUUUUGUAAUGUAACAUUGUAAGUUUUUCAAAUUCUCUCAACCAUUCCUUCAUGUAUUAUACAACAGUUAAAUGUGAAACAUAGCUAACUUUAUAUUAUCAAUAUUAAUAUAUAGAGUCAGUAUAUUGUAGCAUCUUGAUAGAGAUAUUUACUAAUCAAAGCUAACAAAUGAUGAUAUAGCAGAUAUUGAUUAAUUCUUGUUUUGAUUUCAACCAAUAUUUUAUGUGACAUGUUACUUUGAUUGUACUGAAAUUCAUUUUUGACAUUGUGUAGAGUUACAUUAUCGUAAUAAAUGUCUAGUUUUAAUACAAAAAGUUUAAAUACUAAAUAAAGGGAGACAAAUCUUCCUUACUGUUCAAACUACUGCCUUGCAUUGGGACAUGUUAUAAAAAACAAACUUGCAAAAUCUUACUGUUAAAACAGAUUGUAUUGUUAUUUUUUUUAUUUUUUUUUUAGAUCUUUCCAGGUUCAAUUGCAUGUUUAAUAUACAUCCCACUACUACAUAACAGAAGUAUCACAUGAGAUAUUAUUUAUAGAAAUUUUAUCAUUACAUUCCAAAACCUUAGAAUUUAUAACGUCAUGAGCAUUGCUAUCAGUGGUGUGCUAGACUAUGUUAUGAUCCUGGUUACAGAGACUGGAAGCAUGGUGUAGGUGCAAAUUUUUCUGAAAAUUAACUGGAGUGAAUGCAUAACAUGUUUCACAAAUAUAAGUGCUCUGUGAAUGUUUUGUACUUCAUUAGACGAAAAAUCAACACACUCUGCAAUUAUAGGCUGUGUUUAUUGAAUGUCGAUGUUUUUAAUUAUUUAUUGAAUGGGUAAAUUAACAGUUUGUGUCAGAUUAAUAGAAUGUCGAAGUGAACAAAUAUUUUUUUUAUAUUAAAAAUGGUGAAACUUAAACGACAAUAAAAAGAUAAUCCAGUUUUUACUAGAAACCUGACCAGCUAUAAAUUCCUGUUACAGAUUUGUGAUGGUUCUAAUAUGUAAAAAAUGAACUCCUCGGCAGUAUGACAAAGUCUACUGUCAAAGGUUUGUUAAGAAUUCAUAAUAUUUGAUAUGAUGUUUCUUAAAAAAUAAAUUCCAUAUUUGUUGCACCAAGAUUAAUUUCAAUAAGAUAUUUAACUGAGACAAAUAAAAAAUAUAAGGAAUUUUUAAAUAUAUAUCAUUAUCAAAUUAUUAUUCACAGAAAGUAUAGUUAUAUAGAUAUAAAAGAAAUCUUUAUUGUAGGAAAUAUAUGAGAGUUUAUAGAACUGGUAGUAUUAUCAACAGAUAUAUAUAGGGUAGGUUUACUACCGUGAUGCCAUACUGUCGUGAUUAUGUCACUUCCAUCCUAACUCAGAAUGUAAUCUAUAAAUGUUCUAUAUGCCUGGAAAUUUAAAAUUGUGUUGAAUCUAUUGAAAUAUUAUCUCCUUCCAUUAUCAAUGUCUACAGUCAUGCCAAUGUGAUUUCAGAUUUCUAUCGUUGGAUAGAUAGACAGUGUUGUUUUUUGAAAUGGCAAAAUUCUAUUUGAAAAUCGCUGAAAAUAUUUGAUCUUCGUUGAAGAGUUGGUACAUGUGUUAAUAUACCACUAGUUCAUUGUUAAUGUGUGAAUUCCUACAUGCUAUUUAUUUAGGUGUCUGGGUAAGAUAACUAGGUACACAAAUGUAUUCAGAGUUUAUUUUUAUCUUGUCUCAUUCAGCAAGGUGGAUAAUUAAUUACAAAUAUUGUGUUCUACCAGUAAUAAAGAGUAAUUAUCAUGUUUGCUACAAGGAAAUACACAGAAAGGAAAUUAAAACAGGCAGAACAUUUCUUCUGUUUGAAUGAUACAGCAUUUGAAAUGACUUCCUGUCUGUGAAAGAAAAUAGUAUUUAUAGAAUCACAUUUUACCUAUGUAUCUAAUUACUAUCCCUACUAACAAUUUUAAUCGAAAGUCAUAAAUCAGUUAUUUGUUUUGAUUUUAAUGUUAUAUUGUGAAAUGGAAUUUUUUAGUAUAUAAUUCAAGAAACAAACUUCACAAUUUGAAAUGUGAGAAUGUUAGGGCAAUCACUGGUAAAUGUUCAGGUUUUAUAUUCAAAUAAAACCUUGUGGUUUUCGGGUAGGGUGUUAGAACCAGGCUAUCAAUAUGAUCAAUCUUAAACUGGUAUCAUUUAUUAUAGUGUUUCUACAUGUGAUAAUGCUAUACAUGGAAUUUUGCUUAUUGCUCUGGUGUGUGGAUGAGAACUGUGAUUUAGGUAGUGAAUGAAUUAACUGUAUAUAGGGAGUGUAAGAUAGCACAAUUAGUGAGAUUGUUGACGUGUGAUAGAGGAUACGAUCUGCAUGGCUGUAUUCGGAGGAUGUGACUUAAACUGGUGCGGAUAUGUCAUGAUUUGUGUGAAAGUUAUAUCCGGUCGAUAUGGACUCUCUGCUUGUAUGUGUAUACUCUGUACAGCCCAGGCAAAAUCUGCAUCGCUUGCUAUAUAUGUUAGAGUUCAAUGAAAUGGUUCUGCUGAGCAGAAAUAGGUGUAUGUGACGGGUGAACAGAAAUAAUAUUCAAUUCCUGUCUUCAAGAUUAUUAACACCGCUGUCUGGAACAAGAAUUGACUUUAAAGUUUAAAGCACAUCAUACAUGGAUCCAAUAUAUAUAUAUUUGACAUAUAUAAAUGAUAACUAUGUCAAUAAUUGAACCAGUUAGACAAUCAAGAAUAUCGGAAUAUCUCAUUAGAGAGUUUUAUGCACGGAUAGCUAUAUAAAGGUUAUCACAUGAUGACCAGGAUGGGUUAGAACAAAUAUUGGAAUAUAGAAUUACCGGAUAUAUUAAUAUUGGAGACAUUCAUUCCACAUUGAUGAUUUUCUUAAAGAUGGUAAAAUUUCGGUUGCUAGAGGGAUGGCUAAAAUCUCUAAUCGAAUACUAAAACUUUAUAAUAACUUUGGAGGAAGUGUUCUGUUUACCUGCCGUAGUGUAACACCUGAUGUGAUUCGUACACCACAAGGAUUGUUUUAUGAUAACGACUGUACAUGUGUGUAUGGGUAUAUGAUACUUAGGAGACAUGUUGAACCUUAUCUUGCAUGUCUUGAGGAAUAAAUAUGUAUGUUUUUUAUCACUGAUCUUUAUGGGAAAAUGACUUUUUAUAUUAAUGGUGUAAGUUAUGUAAAAUAAAAACAUAUGACGAUGAUUUUCUCUUGUA